AUUUUCCUACUUCCUAGUUAAGUAAACAACCCUUCAUUGUUUUUAAUCCUCACAAUUCUAAACCAUUCCACAGCAGUCAGCCGAAAUCAGAGCACCCACACCAAGAGCUCAGCAUCAACAGUUUACUUGCUGUAUUCGGUGCCGGAGUCAGAAUCGGUUUCCGGUGGCGUUGGGGGCUACUGCGAGAAAUAUCCGCCCCCUUUUCUGAACAGAGGAUAUUGAGUUGCUGAGGAAUCCAUUGCAGCUGCCACCACAUAUUGGGUACUAUCACCAUCACUUUUCAGUGAUCUGCGAACUGAUGAGGCCAGUCCUUCUCGAGAAAGUCCUCUUCACCUAUAAUAAGAACCGUGUCUCCUCCUUUACUUGUGCUCCUUCACCUCCCUACUCCUACAUUCAAGCACAAACUUAUGUGCAGGCAUAUAUGAAAUGGAAAAAGGACCCCUACUUUGACUCGAUUGAUUCGAUUCACAAGUCCCUUGAACUGAAGCCCAUAAUCGCUGUGAAAAAUUUCUUUAUCACAACAUCUUCCUCGCCACAUGACAAAUAUUCCAUUCCCAUCUCAGCUGUCUCCAAAAAAGGCUCAGAAUUUGAUAUAAGUAUCAAAGUUAUAAGGUUCUUGAGGAACUAUCCUUCUUUCUUUGAGGAGUUUAAAGGUCCUUGUUAUAAUUUACCUUGGUUUAGACUGACUGAUACAGCCAUUGAGCUUGAUAAAGAGGAAAGAUUAGUAUAUGAAGAAUUUAGAGAUGAUAUUUUGGGGAGAUUGAAGAAGUUUAUAAUGAUGAGCGGCAGUGCACAGAUGCUUCCUUUAAAGGUCAUUAAGGGCUUGCGGUGGUAUCUAGGUUUGCCUAAUGAGUUUUUCAGGGAUCCUACUGAGUAUAUCGGAGGUGAUGGCCAUUUUAGGAUUGUGGACAUAGAAGAUGGAUUAAAGGGGUUGGCUGUAAUCGAAAGUGAUAAAAUCUUGUCAGUGAUGCAACAGAAUGCAAUGAGGAAGGGAAUAUACAAUGGGGGUGCUGAUGAGGCAAUUGCAUUUCCAUUGUUCCCGUCUAAGGGGCUGCGGUUAAAGCAGAAGAUAAAAGAUUGGUCGGAUGAAUUUCAAAAACUGCCGUACGUGUCUCCAUAUGAUGACUACUCAUAUUUGAAUCCGGACAGCGACAUAUCAGAGAAACGGGUGGUGGGAGUGAUACAUGAGUUGUUGUGUUUGUUUGUGGAACAUGCUGCUGAAAGAAAGUCGCUUUUUUGUUUGAGGAAAUACUUAGGGUUGCCUCAGAAGGUUCACAAGGCCUUUGAGAGGCAUCCGCAUAUCUUUUAUUUGUCGCUCAAGAAUAAAACCUGCACAGCUAUUCUGAAAGAAGCUUAUCGCGGCGAGAAGGCUAUUGAUCCGCAUCCACUUGCUAAAGUGAGGAGAAGUUAUAUUGCUAUGAUGAAGGAAUCAACAGAAAUUAUGCGGAACAAGAGGCUCAAGAAUACCAAGGCUUCUGAUCAACAAAGUGUUCUCUCCGAAGAUGGAAGAUCUCAUCCUACAGAAGCGUGACUCCCUUUUCAGAUCACACUGAAAGUUGUUCCUUAUACUCAGAGGUUGCAUGUGUGCUGCAGUUGAUCUGACUCUCUCAUUUUGCAUGGGCUGCAAAAUUAAUUUGAUUAUGUUGAUAAUUAUGAUUACUGCUUCUGUGGAAACACGCAUCUACUAGUAAGCUCUACUUGAACAAACAUGACAAUCUGGAUUGCAUUGAUCAACAUGGGAAAAUGAAUAUGAGUGA